UGUGACACGUGUCCCGUUAAGGUGUUUUGUUUGGAGCACCAAAGCUACGUUGACCACAACUGUGGCCAUGGACGAGAUGUCACUGUUGUCAUUUGCCCCCUCUCCGCCGAAGGAGUUGGUAUAAUUCCAGAUGAAGAUCCCAAUAUCACUUGGGAGAGGCACGUUAACACUACAGAUUGCGACCCUUCAAACUACGACAGGGCCGCAAAGAAGAACAAGUGCCCCGUUCUUGGGUGCAGGGAGGUCUUGACGUUCUCGAACACGAUCAAGUGCAGGGACUGCAUGGCUGAUCACUGUUUGAGGCACCGGUUUGGAACUGAACACAAGUGUCCUGGACCUAAGAAGCCGGAGACUACACUCACUGCAGGGUUUAGUUUUAUGGGUCUUUUAGGUAGAGGUAGAACGGAAGCACCAAAACGCAACCGUGCUUCUUCCGAUUGGGGAAGUAGCUUUCUUAGUGCAGCUUUAUCUUUCAAGGCCACGGCAUCAGCUGGUGUUGCAAAGUUGAGUAAUGAUCUGAACCCAAAGUUGGAGAUAAUAAAAGAUGGAGUCGGGCUGAGCAGCAGCGGAGGGAGUCGAAACGGGCAGUGUCCGCACUGUGGGUUCUCCUGAUUCACCACUCGUGUAGAACAUGUACAAAAAACUGUUCAUGCAGAAGGUGGCAUAUCCGAGCAGGUUGAGAGGGAGAAUGGUGGUACUUCAAGAUUCAAGACCAUAGUUAUAAUUAUUUUACAAGCACGCUGUAUGUGUUGGAUAUAG